AUGACGAUGCUCGUGUUCUUCACCUUCAUCCAGACCGGCCUAAGCGGUUAUAUCGUUUGGCAGUCAACGGUUCUUGAUUCCUUCUUGGGCGAGUCGCAUGUCUGGGGCUUCCACGUCUUCUUCAACGGGUUCUUAUGCAGCCUGACGAGGUCGUACCAGGUCUUCCGGUGCUGGCAGAUCAUCCGCAAAUGGUAUUGGAUGGUACCCCUGGUCCUUCUUGGCAUGGGGUCGUUUGCUGCCAACGUUAUAUUCGCCUACUCGGCCAUGCAAAUAUUCGGCCCACAUCCAACGUCUCAAGAGGCAAUGGCACGCUUCUGUUGGAAACAUAAGACGGGGAUCGAGCAUAUCGACAGCGCCGUGAAGCGCUACUUCAUCGUUGCCACCGAGUCAUCCCUGUGGCCAGGUCUCUGCUUGCUCAUCGCCGUCAUACUUUACCACUCGGGCAAUGUAGGUCACCCUUCCAGCCGUGCACCUGCCUGA